UGCUGGGCGCCCGGGCGGCUGCAGGUGCAGCUGCUCCGGGACCAGGUGGCAGCUGGAAGCGAGCGCAGGUGGCGACGGCGAAGCUGGAGCCGGAGAGUCAAGAUGAAUGGAGCAGCGGGACCGGCGUCCAGGGACCGGCGCGAGCGGGUUCUCAAGUUAGGCGAGACUUUUGAGAAGCAUCCGCGCUGCGCCUUCCACACUGUACGCUAUGACUUCAAACCUGCUUCAAUUGACACUUCCUGUGAAGGAGAGCUUGAAGUCGGCAAAGGUGAACAGGUGACAAUAACUCUGCCAAAUAUAGAAGGGUCAACUCCACCAGUAACUGUUUUCAAGGGUUCAAAGAAACCUUACUUAAAGGAAUGCAUUUUAAUUAUUAACCAUGACACUGGAGAAUGUCGGCUAGAAAAACUCAGCAGCAACAUCACUGUAAAAAAAACAAGAUUUGAAGGAAGUAGUAAAAUUCAGUAUCGCAUAGAGCAACACCAGCAACAAAUGCGGAAUUCAGCUAGGACUCCAAAUCUUGUGAAACAUUCUCCAUCUGAAGACAAACUGUCCCCAGCAUCUCCAAUGGAUGAUAUUGAAAGAGAACUGAAGGCAGAAGCUAGCCUAAUGGACCAGAUGAGUAGUUGUGAUAGUUCAUCGGAUUCCAGAAGUUCAUCAUCUUCAAGCAGUGAGGAUAGUUCCAGUGACUCAGAUGAUGAGGAAUGCAGAUCCUCUCCUUCUGAUCCAGGGAAUUAUGUCUCGGGACAUCCUGCCAUGUCUGCCAUGCCACAGUGUAGGAUUCCUUAUAUGGAUGACAGCCAGAAUAGAUCUCAUGACCACAGUGGCCUUCUGAUGAAUACUUUAAGAAAUGAUUUGCAGCUGAGUGAAUCAGGAAGUGACAGUGAUGAUUGAAGAAACAUCCAGCUAUAAAUAUAAAAUUUGUAAGAUGUGAUAAUUUACUUUAUAUUAAGACUAGAGAUUCCUAAGACUGAAGAAAAUGUAUCUUAACUUUUGAUGAUAAAAGAAGUUAAAUGUGAUUCAGAAUUUUCAGUUGAUAUUAUAUUUUUGACCUUUUUUAAGUGUAGCAUUUUCAUGUGCUUUCCAUUUAUUAGGUUUUACAGAUGAGAAAACAGUGGUUAGGUAACUUGCCCACAUAUUGUUAACAAGUGUCAGAUCAGGUGUUCUAAAGAGUUCAAGUUCACACUGUUUUACCACACUACUGCUUUCUGAUU